AAUCUUUUGUAGAUAUGAGUACUAUAGUAGUGAGUGUACUGACUUCCUGCUAGUUUGGUAUGAUGUCCUCAGUUCCUGUGUGAUCACAAACAGUCCUCAUGUUCAGUGCAGUUGACUACAAAGAGCUGUGAUGGAGAAAUCAAGUAUGCUAAGUUGUAGUGAAGACCCAGAAUCAGAGGACAACAAGUCCGACGUAAAAGCAAUCAUGGCUCGUUUCCAAGCAGGAAGUGUAUCUACGGAAGGGACUCCAGGUGUUCGUCCAAAACCACCUGUCCAGCCCACCUUGUCUUCAGGCCCAGCGGUGCCUGCUAAGAAGCCUGUUCUUGAAACUAGCCUAUCCAGUGGAGUUACUACUACCUCAACCGCCCCUAAACCUAAGAACACAGUCAACACAGCUAGAAGCGCUCCAGACAUGCACGAACCUCUGAAGUUAAAGGCUUUUGGGACAAGGUUUGAAAACACACAAGAGAACAACAAAGUCAACUUUAAAGUUCCUGUUAAACCCAAACCACCAGACUCGUCCCAGGACCAUGAGACUCCAAAGGUCCCAUUCCCAAAGGCACCACUACAGAAGCCUCCUUCAAGCAUCAUGGCGAAUGAUUCAAAGCCAAUGGCUCCUACGACAAAACCAUCCUGGAUCAAAGACACCCAGAAAGCUGAAGACAACAGCACUACCUACACCCUACACCCUACACCCACUCCUCCAAAAAAGCCAUUGGCACCCAAACCAAAAAGCAACAUGGCUAUGCUACGCCAACAGCCGGAGGAAAGCAGCAACAUGGAGUCUCCUGCAAAGCCUUCCUCAGUAUCUAAUGUGAAACCAUCAAGUUUCCGUGUUAAAAAUAGCUUCAACAAACCAGAGGAAGGUGCUAAAGUACCAAGUGCUAAUGAGUCAGUCUCAAAGCUCGUAGUGCCUAAUAAACCCAACUUCCCAAGAAAAUCAUCCGGACCUCGUGUACAGACAGCCAACGACGAUCCUUCGGCACCCAAGAAGAAACCUCUACCCAAUAGCUAUGCUCUGGGCAGCGCUCCUGCCAAACCCAACAGACCGCCCAAAGUCAACCUUGAGAAGUUCAAGAAGGGCUUAGAGGUUACAACAGACAGUCCUGGACCAAAGAAUGUAACUCCCCCUCCCCCACCUGCCUCUCACCCCAGUAGUCAGGCACCUCCACCACUGCCCUCUCAAUCCUUACGUCCCAACCUGCCCCCACGACCUCCAGGACCUAUAAUUCAAGAUGAAAAUUAUGACGAUGUGGAUAGCUUGAGAGCGGGCCAGAUAAAUGAGGGAAGUGGAAGUGAUGGUGAGAUAUAUGAGGAUCUUGAUGAUAGUAGAUCUGCUGCAGAGCUAAGUCAACCUCAGAAAAAGCAAGACAAAGAACUUAAAAUUCAGAAAGACCGUGAGAAAAAAGAGAAAGAUGCAAUUAAGAAGUUUAAAAUAUCAACGCCCCUGCAGGUUAUUCAUCAGGUAAAAGCUAAAGCUGACUGCAAGGGUGGAAAACAUGACCUCUCCAUAAAGAAGGGCGAGUCAAUUGAUAUCAUUCGAAUCACUGACAAUCCAGAGGGUAAAUGGUUGGGCCGAGGUCAAGAUGGAUCAUUUGGCUAUGUUAAAACGGAAAUGGUUGAGAUCGACUUCAGCGUCUUGAAGAAUAAAGGCCUGUCUCUUCCUCAUAACUUGGAAAGUGAGGAGGUGUACGAUGACGUAGAAUCUCUGGAAGAUCAAGGGAAUAUGAAUGGGCAGCGGGUUGUUUUACCUCCACCGCCAGAUGAUGAUGUGUAUGAUGAUAUACCCGAACCCAAUCUUAAUCCAAUCAGCAUUGGAGAUCCCAGGUCUCUCUUUAUACCGCGCAACUUCUUGGACAUUCUCAAAAGCUCGGUUGACAGGAGAAAAAGCCAAGUCCACAAUAAUGACAUUCCUCCCCCUCCACAAUUUACACCUGAAGACGUUUCUCAAGAUAUAUAUGAUGAUGUUGAUUCAUUCCCUCCCGCUCCAUCACCUAGCAGCCUUCCUCAAUUAAAAUCUAAGGCGAUCAAAGUGCAUGAGGACCCAAAAAAGCAAAAGAAGUUUGAGAAAGAAGAAAAGGAAUUUAGAAAGAAGUUUAAGUACGAUGGUGAGAUUCAGGUGCUUCAUCAAGCAACAAUUGCCACAAGUAAGAAGGGAAGUGGGAAAGACCUGACUGUACAAGCUGGGGAGACUGUGGAUGUCAUCAACAAAUCUGACCCUGACAAAUUCAUCUGUAGGAACAAGGAGGGCAAAUGUAAGUGA